AUGGCCGAGUACCCAGAGACGGAGGGGCGCACCGCAGAGGAGCGCCAGUGGUUCGCCGAUCUGCGAAGCGCCUGGAACGAAGUCGGGGACCAGCUCACGCACGAGGACAAGGUGGUGUGGUUCGGCCUUCUUAAGAAGAUCACGGCCAACAAGGAAACCCUGCCCAGCAAGCACCUCGUCGGGGGCCGCGCCAAGAGAGACGGCAACUGGUUCUCGUGGCUGUUCCUGCGCACCAUGUUUGGCUACGAGCAGGUGCAUCACCUGAAGGCCGCGGAGAUGACCGCGAGGGCCAACCCCCGUACGAGCCUGGAGUUUGACAUGCUGCCCCAUGGAUACGUUAGACGCUUUACCCACGACGGCGGUGUGUCUGCUGUUGCUCAGACGAGCGCUGCACCACGUCGCCGCCGCUGCUCGCAACCCGUGGAGGAUCAGCAGGUGGACGCAAUCACCGUCGCGGUGUCUCCCGAGAUGGUGUCCGCCAGGACAAUGCAGCAGCACAAUGAGCAGCCAGCCCGAUACCGGAUGCGCACACCGGAGUCUACAAAGUUACCAGCUGCCCAGCAGUCGUCGCCGGCGCUGCGCACCAGCAUCCGCUUCGUCUUCAACGGCUCCGAAGUCGGCCUAGAGGAAUUCAUGACAGAGGCCAAGGUGGGAGCCCUAAUGCAGCGAGUGGAGAAGACGCUGGACCGGCAACACCAGGAGAUCCUGAGAGAGAUAAGGCAGGUGGGAAACAAGUCGGACCAGCAAUACCGAGAGGUGCUGCGCCUGGUGGCCCAGAUGCAGAGCGAACAGCUGCGCGUGGGCGAGGCCAAUGACGCACAACUGGGACGGAUACAUAGCGCGGUGAGGGGGCUGACGGCGUGUCUGGAGGGGUGCGGGACAUCAAGCAAUAGUGUUUAA